CCCAGAAGGCCCUGCAGGGACGCGGGCGUUCCUCUCCCCAGCUCCCGGGGCGCGCCGUCCAGCUUGCAGCAUGAGCGCCCCCGCCGCGACCCCUAUCUUCGCACCCGGCGAGAACUGCAGCCCCGCGUGGCGGGCGGCGCCCGCGGCUUACGACGCGUCGGACUCGCACCUGCAGAUCCUGGGCAAGCCGGUGAUGGAGCGCUGGGAGACCCCCUACAUGCACGCGCUGGCGGCCGCCGCCGCCUCCAGAGGGGGCCGGGUGUUGGAGGUGGGCUUUGGCAUGGCCAUCGCAGCUACGAAGGUGCAGGAGGCCCCCAUCGACGAGCACUGGAUCAUCGAGUGCAAUGAGGGCGUCUUCCAGCGGCUCCAGGACUGGGCCCCACGGCAGCCGCACAAGGUGGUUCCCUUGAAAGGCCUGUGGGAGGAGGCGGCGCCCACCCUGCCAGACAGUCACUUCGAUGGGAUCCUGUACGACACGUACCCGCUGUCUGAGGAGACCUGGCACACGCACCAGUUCAACUUCAUUCGGGACCAUGCCUUCCGCCUGCUGAAGCCGGGGGGCGUCCUUACCUACUGCAACCUCACCUCCUGGGGGGAGCUGAUGAAGUCCAAGUACUCGGACAUCACCACCAUGUUUGAGGAGACACAGGUGCCAGCCCUGCUGGAAGCGGGCUUCCGGCCGGAGAACAUCCACACGCAGGUCAUGGAGCUGGUCCCACCGGCCGACUGCCGCUAUUACGCCUUCCCGCAGAUGAUCACGCCCCUGGUCACCAAGCACUGAGCCCACUGGGCCCACCGGCUCAGCUGCCCACGCCACCCUGGGGGCUCUGGGCUUCCGGAACCCCUAACCCCCAGACCCCUACUGAGCGCCUUCGUGGCCGGGAGUGCAGGCUCUGGCCCCUCGGCCCUGGUCCAGACCCACACCAGCCGCAUGACCAGCAAGCUUCCCUAACCUUCUCUGCAAGGGGACGACCACUACCUUCCUACCAUGGUCCUGAGAAUGAAAUAAACGCUAACACUGGGUUUAGCCAAUCAGCACGAAGACACAAA